AUGGAAUCACCUUUUGACCAGCACCCUUACCCAUUCUUUCCUCUUCAAGCUUUGUCUCUCUCUCUCUCUCACCCGCUCUCUCUAAGUCACUCAGUCUCUCUCUCAACCGCUCUCGCUCGCCUCUGCCUCUCUCAGUCUCUGGUCUCUGCCUCUGUCCGUUCUUCCUCUCAGUCACUCUCUCAGCCACUAUCGCUCUCUCUCACCCGCUCUCUCUUAGUCAUCAAAGGUCUCCCUCUCUCGAUUUUUGUUGGUUUGAGAAUUGAUUUGAAGGCAAAGUUUUUCCAGAUUGGCUUGCUGGUUGUGUUUAUUUCUGGGAAUCAAAAAUUCUGGCUGGAAUUGAUUUUGAAGGCUAAGGAAAGGAUUGGCUUGCUGGCUGUUUUUAUUUCUGAGAGCAGGACAUCGAACAUAGAGAGCAAGUGCACCUCCGUCCACGGCACAGAAGAGAGAGAGAGAGAGAGUUGCUAUUGUUGGAAACUAAGGCUGAAGACAACCCAAAUGUUCUACCUCAGCCGAAUUGAGCACACUCUGCGGCUGCCUCCUCAUCUGCUUAGCCUUCGUCUAGAAGAUGCAGUUAGGGGAGAGCUUGAGAAGCUUUUCUUAGAUAAGGUUAUCGCCAACUUGGGACUUUGCAUUUCUGUGCAUACUAUACAAUCCAUUAACGAUGGCUUUAUCUUACCUAAUGAUGGUCAUCCAACUUUUAGGGUAUAUAUUUGUUUACCUUACUCUUCUCAAUUUUAUGACUAUAAAGUGCUUUGGGUAAAUUAUGUUUUGUUCAAAUUUAGGUUGUUUUAGUUCGUAUAAGUGGAAUCAGCUUGCUUGCUUCAAUUCGUUUUAUUUUUCUUAUUCAUAUUAUUUCCAAUUUUCAAUUGUAAGAUACCUCAAUUUAUUUCCGGUUAAACUGUGCGGUGUAUGAGAACUGCCAAUCUAAAUACCUGGUAUCGUUGAUACAGAUUAUUAGGCCUUUAGCUUAAUAUGCAAUAGACAGUGAUCUUCUCUAUAUCCAAAUUUUGUUUGUUGAUUGGUGAUAAUGGUGUGCUUAAGUAGGCUUGUUUUGGUCAGGUAAUUUCGCUUGUUUGUGGAUUGCUUUUGUUGGUUUUUUGUUUUUGGUUUCCGAAUAAAAUUGGGAAACUUUGGUGUUUUAGCUGA